GUUACGACAAAAUGUACAGAAUUAAUCAUAUAGUCGCACUAUCGAGUGAAAUGCUCGUGUGUCGCUUGCUGAGGAUUUGUCAUUCGACGCGUUUAUUUGCACAAUGCAACUUCGAAUUUGUUUAAACAGAAGUGACAUAAGUUGAUAUACUGGAAAAUCAAGGGACGACAAAUUAAUAUAAGAUGAUACUGUACUCGGUAAUCGGAGGCUAUAUGUUAACGUCGAUGAUACUUUUUAAAUAUCCGACGUUAAUACACAAAAAGAAAAAAGUAAAAUUUUUGUGUCAACAUAUCAGCCACAGGGGAGGCGCAGGCGAAGGCUACGAAAAUACAAUGUACGCGUUCAAACGAGCUGUUGCGAUUGGAACAGAAAUGCUAGAAUUGGACUGUCAUCUCACCAAAGAUGGAGAAGUAGUUGUGUCUCACGAUCAAAAUCUUUUGCGUAGCACAGGCAUAAAUAAGAACAUUUCUGAAGUGAAUUACAAAGAUCUACCACUUUUGAAACUGUGCCUUCCGAUAGAUUUUGAUCCAGGUGCAGAAUAUAUUGGACCGGAGAAGGAGGAAGAGAGACGGUUUGCUCUCUUGAAAGAAGUAUUCGAGGCAUUUCCCAAUCUGCCAAUCAAUAUAGAUAUUAAAAUUAACGACGACCAACUUAUAUCGAAGGUGUCCGACUUGAUAAAGCAAUACAAUCGCGAGGAAUAUACAGUAUGGGGGAAUUUUAAUGAUGAGAUAACACAGAAGUGUUAUAAAACGAAUCCAAACAUAAAUGUCUUAUUUUCCAUGCAACGCGUAGCCUUGUUAAUACUUCUUUUGUAUACUGGUUUAUUGCCGUUUGUGCCUCUGAAGGAAACACAUCUGGAAAUAUUUCUACCUUCCAUUUAUAUAAGGCGCCAGAGAAUUCCAAAUUCAACGUUUAUACCUUUAGGGAAGGUACUUGUGCGUGUUAUUAAUGUACUACUAAUGAGGCCAUGCUUAUUCAAUCAUUUAAGAGCUCGUGGGAUACAUGUUUAUUUUUGGGUCUUGAAUAAAGACGAAGAAUUUCAAAAAGCCUUUGAUCUUGGAGCAACGGGUGUAAUGACAGAUUAUCCCACAAGAUUACAAUUGUUUUUAAAGAAUCAUUCAUUUGAUAAAACAAAUAAUGAAUAGUGUACUACAGAAAUGAAUGUAAAGGUUUUAUGGUGCAGCCAAAGAUCAGAACAGCGUAAUCAACAAAUUCCACGCGCAAAAAUAUCUUAUAAAGUCACUAUUUCUGUACGUUUUAUAUUAACAGUAUUAUCCUUUUGUAUAUUCUACGAUUAACAAAGUGCAAUUCAGUGUUACUAAUAAUAGCUACUAUAAGUACCGCACACUAAGCUUAACUAUGAAAUACUAAAUAAUACUUGUCUGAAAUUUGUUGCAACAUGCCCUUAAAUAUUAAAAAUUUAUUCGUAUAUAGAUACUUUUUUAAUUGAUACAGCAAUCAAUUAUUAUUUCUAUUAUAUAUAUAUUCGUUACUAAUUUUAAUAUGACAUUUUUAUGAACUAAUAAAAGGGUGUAGAGGCUUAUUUUUUUAAUAUAUAGAAAGAAGACAUUUCACCAAUAUUGCAGAUAGCUUUCUCAAUCAAGAUCACCCGUUACAGCCCUAGCCGCGAAAGCUUUGAAAAUCUUAUAGAAAAACAUUUUGUAACAUUCAAUUAUAUUUAUUUCUAACUUUCCACAACAAUCCCACAGAACUUCAGUAUUAAUCUAUUUCCUAUUUAAAUUAUAUGUUCUUUUUUUAUUGUUUAAGCAGUCGUUAAUAAUGUUGCAAGAAAUUACCUGUCAUAGUACAAUUUGUAAAUUCAAUGCUAUUACAAACUAAUGUAAAAUAAUAUAUUUUUUACAGUUAUUUUAGAUAUAAUUACAGGAAUGCUAAAAACGUGUCUUAUGUAUACUGAUAUAUUACUUGUAUGAAAAUAAGCUCGAGCUAUGUACAAAUGUAAUUUCGUAUCUAGAAUAAAUUUGAACACAGUCAUCAGUUCAAACAUAUAUUAUUACUGGUGUUAAACAUAUAAAAAUAAUUCGAUACUGAAUUACACCAUUUAUAAAUUUCCUGUUUGAGAACUGCUUCUAUAAUUUUAAAGAGAUUUCUAUUCACCGUUACU